AUGCAAACGGCUUUUGUUUCGGGAAGGAAAGGGAUUGAUAAUAUUAUUAUUGCUCAGGAGAUCAUUCAUGGCCUUGGGAAGAAGAAGGGAAGGACUAGCUAUAUGGCUCUUAAGAUAGAUUUGGAGAAAUCUUAUGAUAAGCUAGAAUGGAGUUUCAUUAGAGAUAUGCUUAUUCGGGUAAAUCUCCCAAUGGAUAUUAUUGGCCUCAUAAUGAGUUAUGAUUUGAUUCUCUUUGCCAAAGCAGAUUGGGUGAAUAGUGCAGCCAUUAGAGAUGUUUUGGAUACCUUUUGUAGCAUUUCUGGACAAACGGUGAGUGAAGCUAAGUCAAGGAUGUACUUUUCUCCAAAUGUGGAUAGGGAUACUAGAGAGUCACUUUGUGAUAUAUUGGGUUUUGCUUCAACUCCGUUUCUUGGGAAGUACUUGGGUUUUCCGCUAAAACAGUCGGGUUCUUCCUCGCAUGAUUAUGACUUUAUUUUGGAUCGAGUGAAGUGGAAAUUAGCCAGGUGGAAGGCAAACUUUUUAUCCUUGGCUGGCUGUAGGGUGCUCAUUCAAUCAUCAUUGGCUGUUAUCCCUUCGUACAUCAUGCACUGCUCUUACCUUCCGAGAAGGGUUUUGGAUGGGCUAGAUAGAGUAAACAGGAAUUUCCUUUGGGGGUCUACAGAUUCAGCCAAGAAAAUCCAUUGGGUUGGUUGGGAGAAGGUGACAAAGUCUAAGGAGGAAGGGGGUUUGGGGUUGCAAACAGCCAAAGGAAGGAACGUGGCUCUUCUAACCAAGCUUAACUAG